AUGAUUGCCAAAUGGAGAGCGACCACUUAUAUCCCUAAGAUUAGGUGGGCUGACAAUAAACUGACAUACCUACCACUAGACAUAGCCAAAACACUACAAGACUACUACCCACAGCUAUACUCCCUCCCACGGCGCACACCGGAACAGGGGAGCAAAACGAAAGAUGCCACCGUGAUGACAUACCUGGACCGCCAU